UGUGCUUCAGUGCCUCCGAAGAGAAGCCAAAGUCGGCAGAGUUUGUCUGCGGGGAAGAGAGGCUUUUGAAAAGAUGGUUUCAAUUAAAUCGCCCUCGCUGAUGCCGGUGUCCUGCGCACAGGCUCUGCUCGGAGUGGGCUGCUUGGCUGGCGCCCUCCUCGCUUUCCUGCUGGUUCGCCAGCUCGUCAAGCAGAGAAGACCCCCGGGGUUUCCUCCUGGUCCAUCUCCCAUCCCUGUGAUAGGGAACAUCAUGUCUCUGGCCACCGAGCCGCACGUCUUCCUCAAGAAGCAGAGUGAAAUUCACGGACAGAUUUUCAGUCUUGACCUGGGAGGCAUCUUGACUGUGGUUUUAAACGGGUAUGACUGCGUCAGGGAAUGCCUUUACCAUCAGAGCGAGGUGUUUGCUGAUCGACCUUCGCUACCGUUGUUCAAGAAAAUGACCAAAAUGGGAGGUCUUCUUAAUUGUAAAUAUGGCAAAGGCUGGACUGAGCACCGUAAACUGGCUUGCAACUCCUUCCGUUAUUUCGGCAGUGGCCAGAGAAUGUUUGAGAGGAAGAUCUCAGAGGAGUGCAUGUUCUUCGUCGACGCCAUCGACGAGCACAAGGGCAAGCCCUUCAACCCCAGACACCUUGUGACCAACGCCGUGUCCAACAUCACCAAUUUGAUCAUCUUUGGACAGCGUUUCACCUAUGACGACCGCAACUUCCAGCACAUGAUCGAGAUAUUCAGCGAGAACGUGGAGCUCGCAGUGAGCGGCUGGGCCUUCCUCUACAAUGCCUUCCCGUGGAUCGAGUACGUUCCCUUUGGAAAACACCAGAAGCUUUUCCGCAAUGCCGCAGAUGUUUACGACUUUUUACUGGAGCUUCUAAAUGGAUUUUCUCAGGGUAGGGUGCCCCACGUUCCGCGGCACUAUGUUGAUGCCUACUUGGAUGAGUUGGAGCAGAAUGCGGGAGAUCCAAAUACUUCUUUUUCUUAUGAGAACCUCAUCUAUUCUGUGGGUGAGCUCAUUAUUGCUGGCACAGAGACCACGACCAACACCCUGCGCUGGGCCAUGCUGUACAUGGCCCUGUACCCCAACAUACAAGAGAGGGUGCACAGGGAGAUCGACAGCGUGUUGGCCAACGGGAGGGCACCCACCUUGGAGGACAAGCAGAAGAUGCCCUACGUGGAGGCCGUCCUGCACGAGGUCCUUCGCUUCUGCAACAUCGUGCCACUUGGUAUUUUCCGUGCUACAUCCCAGGACGCAAAAGUCAACGGGUACACAAUUCCCAAGGGCACCAUGGUGAUCACAAACCUCUACUCGGUGCACUUUGAUGAGAAGUACUGGAACGACCCAGGCGUUUUCUCACCACAGAGGUUUCUGGACAGCAGCGGCAACUUUGUGAGGCGCGAGGCCUUCCUUCCUUUCUCUCUCGGGAGGCGUCACUGCCUGGGUGAACAGCUGGCCAGGAUGGAGAUGUUUCUCUUUUUCACCACUUUGUUGCAGAGGUUUCAUCUUCAGUUCCCUCCAGGAACCGUUCCGACCGUCACUCCCAAACUUGGCAUGACCUUACAGCCCAAGCCUUACUCCAUCUGCGCCGUCCGCAGGCAGCAGAAACCGUCCUGCUGCAGAGACACUCCUUACCACAAGUAGGCAAGCAGGCCUUGAUUCUAGCUUGUUUGUGGCCAUUCAAGCCAGAAUUACACUACUUUGCACAUCAGAUCAACCAAGUGAUACAUGUGUAUGAAAUUGUAUCAUAUUUGUACUGUACUGACUGUGCUGUCCAGGUCCAGUGCAGUACAUUCCUUCCAAAGGGUUUUUGGUGCCUCUCUACAUCUGAAUAUGUGAUCCAGUUUAUUAAGUUACCGUUGAUUAUUUUAACUGGAAAAUAUGCACGUUUGCACAAAGCAUUUAAACAGCAAGAGAGGCAACAAGAUCCGAGAGGACAUCCUGAACACAGACGUGCUUAUUGAUUUAUUUGUCUGAGCUCCAGGCCUGGAAAAAUGAAAUGUCUAUGAACCUUGGUGCGAUGUGUUAGAUAUGUGUCAAUGAUUGACAGUAUGUACACUUCUGAUGGUUCAUAGCCCUGCCUUCACAGGACAGCUUCAGGUCAGACAAAUGACACCGUCAAUUCAACUGCUUUGGGGCCAAAUGGGACUCAGACUUUCCAAGAAAGUUCUGAACGCUGUGUAUUAGAGCUGGACAAGGGCCAAGAUCAACGUCAUCUGCACAGACUCUGACCUUUCCUCUAGGGACAGUGGUCCGUGGAACAGUUGCUCUUAGAAAGCAAAUGCAACCCUGUUGAAUUUCUAGAAGCGGACUGUGCAACACUGGUUUCUGCUAAAUGGUGCUUAUCAGUACUAACAAUGUACUGCAUUUAUGUGUAACAUUUGUUUGUCCCCCUUUUUUUGCAAUACCGUUUGUAUGAGUUUUUUGUGUAUUCAUAAAGGCUUUCUUACUGAAAA